UCAUGGCCGGGGAGAUAUUCAUGAGGUUGCCGGCGAAGGACGUCCUCCGCUGUGGUGCCGUCAGCAGGUCAUGGCGUGGCACCACCACCAACAAGGAGUUCCUGCUCGAGCACCACAGCCGCCAGCCGUCGCUCCCCCUCAUCGUCUUCCCUCACGAAACCAGCUCCCUGAUCCGCACGGUUGAUGCCUUCGACAUCCGUCGAGCCCCCGCCGAGCGUCGUCCUGUCCUCGGGUUCAACGACUGCAUCCAUGGUCAAACAUUCAGUAUAUGUGCCUCGUGCGACGGCCUUCUCCUGCUCUCCCUAAUGAACUACGUCCGAUUCAGCAUCGUCAACCCAGCCACACGCCAGUGGCUGGCGCUCCCUCGCCUCGCCGGGGCUAGUGGCAACAUCGCGGGGAUGUACCCAAGCCCAAGCCGUUCCGAUGAGUACCGCAUCCUGUUUUGGAGGGGUAAGCAUGAGGUUCGCAAUGCUGGCUACUACGUCCUCACAGUGGGCUCCUCCCAGAAGCCGAAAUACUUGGGGCUGCCAGCUGCGUCCGCUUGCGUAAAGGAGGCGGUGAUGAAGGCUGGAACGAAUCCAUGCUGGUGGAGUCCACCUGUUCUGCUUAAGGGUUGCCUUCACUGGAACCGCUCAAUAGAUUGGAACCGCAGCCCUUGGAACCGCGGCUCAUGCGAUAGAGUAUUUGUUUUUGACAUACUGGAAGAGUCAUUUAGGUUUAUGACCUCUCCGGACAACGUUAGAGGCUUUCGGGUUUUGUUUCAGAUGGAAGGCAUGCUUGGCAUGAGGUGCUUAGAUACGAACGAGGGGGUUAUGCAAAUAUGGGUACUGCAUGACUACGAGCGAGAGGCCUGGUCACUUAAGUGUCAGAUUGAUUUGCCAACCACAAAGUAUUGGUAUCGUACGAUUAUGUCUGAUAAAAGCGAUAUGCUGGUCUGCUAUUUGGAGUCGUUCUUACACCAACUUCACUACGAUGAUAACGGGAAGUUACUGGAGAAAUUUCAGUGGGAAACACAGUCUCCAGACAUUACUGAACACUGGUUCAAAGAGAGCCUUGUCAGGCAUACUUUUUUCCCAAAGCGGAGAGGUAGCCGUGUGAGACAAGCACGAUUUUUCAGAAUGCUUUAG